GGAAGGGCCUCCCUGGAUCUCCCUCCGCCGCUCUUCCCACGCGCCCCUGGCCGCCAGGUGGGGCCGCCGCCUCAGCCCCCCCCCCCAACGGGCUCCGGGGGUCCAGACGGACGAGGAAAAGGAAGAGGAAGAGGAGGGGCGGGCCGAGGAAGGUCACAGCGCGGGCAGCGGAGUCUGCCCCCCUCAGCAGGCAGGAUGCAGAGAGUACCAGUGCUGCUCUUCCUCGCCUGGACCUGCUUCCUCUUCUUCUCGGCCAUCGGACUCUUCACCAGCGGCUUCCUGCUCAUGCGUGUGGAACUGGCUAACCGCAGCAGCUGUUCGGACCCCCUGGCCACCUCCCUGCCAGGGACCAGGGCCCCCCUUGGCUCCUGCUGGCUGCCAAGGCGCUUCCCCAAAGCUGUGCUCAUCAUCAUUGAUGCCCUCAAGUUUGAGUUUGCCCAGUACGACCCCUCCAGGCGGGAGCCGCGGCCUUACGAGAACAAGCUGGGGUUCCUGCACCAGCUGGCCAGCCUGCAGCCCCGACAUGCCCGCCUGUUCCGCUUCCGGGCCGACCCUCCCACCACCACCAUGCAGCGCAUCAAGGGCAUCACCACCGGCUCCCUGCCCACCUUCAUUGACGCAGGCAGCAACUUCGCCUCCUACGCCAUCCAGGAGGACAACUUGGUCUGGCAGCUGGCGCAGAACGGGAAAAGAGUUGUAUUCAUGGGGGACGACACCUGGGACGGGCUCUUCCCCCAGGCCUUCUACCGUUCGUACUUCUUCCCUUCUUUCAACGUGAAGGAUCUUCACACUGUUGAUGAUGGAAUCCUGCAGCAUUUGUAUGAGACAGUGGAUGGUGGCGAGUGGGAGUUGCUGAUUGCCCACUUCCUGGGCGUUGAUCACUGUGGCCAUAAGCAUGGACCAGACCAUUCCGAAAUGGCCAAGAAGCUCUCACAGAUGAACGACAUGCUCAGGUCACUGGUUGACCACCUGGCGAAUGACACGCUGCUCCUGGUAGCAGGGGACCACGGCAUGACGGGGACUGGGGACCACGGAGGAGACAGCGAAGAGGAGGUCAACGCAGCCCUCUUUGUGUACAGCAAAGCCCAGCUGUUCCAGAGCCACCCGCCUCAGGAGCCAGAGACCGUCCCGCAGGUGAACCUGGUCCCCACGCUGGCCCUGCUGCUGGGGGUGCCGGUGCCGUACAGCAACAUCGGGGAAGUGAUGGGUGAGCUGUUUGGCGCAGAGGGAGACGCUGCCUCCUCGCUCCUCGCCCAGCUGGCGGCGUACAGCAUCAACGCCCGGCAGGUCGACCGCUUCCUGCGCUCCUACUCGCGGGCAGCCCAGGACAUAUCGGCGGAGAAGCUGCAGCAGCUCCAGGACCUCUUCUCUGCUGCCAUGAAAGAGCAUGAGCAGCUCUCUGCCCAGCCUGGGGGCCCUGCUCUGCCUCACCUGGAGCACCUCCGGGGCCGCUUCCGGCGCUAUCUGCAGGAGGCAAGAGCUGUCUGCGCUGAAUCCUGGGCCCGGUUCCACCCGGCCCGCAUGCUGGCUGGCUGCGCCCUGCUAACGUCUUCCUGCGUGCUGUGCUACGUUGCCUCCAGAGUGGCCUCGGGCCUGAGCUUCUCCUACCGCCGCCUCCUCCUCUACCCCGUCCUCUGGGGUGUGGUGGGGGUCGCCCUGCCAGCCCUGGCUCACCUCCUGGGCUGGGCCGCUGUGGACCUUGUCCUGCUCUCCUCCUGGGGAGCAGCAGCCUCCCAGUGCGGCUUCUUUUGGCACUGCUGGGCCAAGCGGCUGUGCAGGAGCCAUGCAGCCAGUGCUUGUUCUCCCUCUGCGGGCACCAGCCUGAGGCAGAAGCUGCGGGCAUCGGGGCUGGGCCUGCCCGGAGGCAUCCUACUGGCUCGCUGCGGCGCCAUGCUCUCCGACAGCUUCGUGGUGGCCGAGGCGCAGGUGGCGCCCUUCCUGCUGGCCUCACUGGUGCUGCUGCUGGUUCUGCGCCUGCACUGGGAGGGGCGGCUGGAGGGUGGCUCCCCCUCGGCCCUGCGGCUGCUGGGGCUGCUGGGCGUGGUCCUUGCCUGUGCCCGCCUCUCGGCGCUCUUCCGGCAGUGCCGCGAGGAGACCCCCUGCUGCCGCUCCUCGACACUCCUGGCCCCGCUCUCCAGCCUGCAGGACCCGGGGGCCAAGAACUCGUGCUACCUCCUCUGCCUGGCCGUGCUGGCCUGCCUGGCCUGGGGCGUGCGCCGCUGGCUGCGCCACUACGGCAACCUCAACAGCCCCAGUGCCCCGGUGCUCUUUGUGCGCUGGGGCUUCCCGCUGCUGGCCAUCUGCAUCGGGGGCUACUGGGCCAUCACCUCCGGGGCCGAGGAGGCCCUGGUCAAGCUGCACGCCUGGGUGCAGCUGGCCCUGGUGGCCUUCCCCCAGGGGAUCUUUGGCCUGGUGCUGGUGGGGCUCCUGCUGGUCCUCUGGGACCCCGUGACCGUCUUCGUGCGCGACAGCCAGGAGCCGGCCGAGGCACCCAUCGUCUCGCCCAGCUCCCAGGCGGAGCUCCUGCACGUCAUCCCCCAGCUCUACCGGCGGAUGCAGCAGUCCCUGAAGAGCCGCCUGGACCAGGCCAAGUCGGGCAGCAGGGCCACGGUGGCCGCCUACGGGCUGGGCAGCGUCUACUCGGCUGCGCUCCUCAUCUGCCUGGCCCUGCUGGGCUUUCUCUUCAUGACGCUGCAUAGCGAGCGGCUCAGCCUGGCCUUCCUGCUGCUCUUCCUGGAGGCCUUUGCACUGCUCUGGAUGCACGCCUGCGCCGUGGCUCUCUCCUCCUCCUCCUCCUCCUCCUCGCAGGCUGAUCCCUUCGUGGUGCCCUGGUACGCCCUCAUCGGCUGGGCUCUCGCGGCUGCCCAGUUCUUCUAUGCCACAGGCCACCAGCCAGUCUUCCCGGCCAUCCACUGGAACGCAGCCUUUGUCGGCUUCCAGCAGGGGCAUGAAACCAACCUGCUGCCGGCGCUCCUGGUCGGGGCCAACACCUUCGCCUCCCACAUCCUCUUUGCCGCCGGCUGCCCUUUGCUUCUGCUUUGGCCAUUCGUAUGUGAAAUGCCCUCCACCUCCAAGGGCAAGAAGUCGAAGGCAGAACCUCCAGACAGGGAGGAGCAGAUGAUGGAGAUGAGGCUCCGGGAAGUCCCAGAGAAGUUUUCAGCAGCGCUUCUGCAGCUGGGGCUCAAGUACCUGCUUGUUCUGGGGGUUCAGAUUCUGGCUUGUGUCUUGGCAGCGAUCAUCCUCAGAAGGCACCUUAUGGUCUGGAAGGUGUUUGCCCCCAAGUUCCUCUUUGAAGCGCUGGGCUUCAUGGUGAGCAGUGUCUUCCUCCUGCUGGGCAUCGGCCUGGUGAUGCGCGUGGACUGUGCCGUCAGCCAGUGGUUCAAGCAGCUCAUCCUUGCUCAGUCCAGGUAGCACGAGAGGAAGAGGGACCUUCUGGCAAAGUGCUCCCCCCUCGCAGCUGCAGAGAGAGCCUUUGGGAGAUUCUUGCGCUGCCCAGAACUCAGUGGGCCAAGCCAUUGUUUUCUCUGUCUCCCCCACCUGGGUUUGUCAGUGAUGGAGUCGGGGGGGCGGUGCACGAAAGAUGAGUCUUCAGCUUGGUGGCGGUUGCCGGGUCUUUUGUUUUGCAGGAAGAGCCUUCCCAUGCCACAAAGAGACGCCGCGAUCUCACUUGCCACUCACAGCUUGUGGGUAGCCAGUGAAUCACUGGGGAAUGGCCCUUUUGGUCUCUGAGUGGGGGGCGGGAGAAAUACAUAGGGAGCUGCCCCUUGUUUCCAAAGAGAACACUUGCGGGCCUGUGCGGCUUAGAUCCAGAUCCUUGGGCAUCUCUCUUGCGGGUGACUUUCUUGCUUCUCCUUGGUUCCUUCGCGAGUCUGGAGUCUGAGCAGCUGCACGUGGGGGGGGGGGAGGCUGUGGGCACCUCUUGGGAAUGGCAGAAAGGGCAAUCCAUGCCCAGAGCUGGAGAGGCCAGAUUCUGGACCAGGAAAAAGCACCCUCCGAGCUGACUGCCAGUCAGAGGAAAGUCUUGCUUGGACAGCUCUUUGAGGACUAAAUGGCACUGCUGUUUCUAACUGCUGGGCUUGAUCGGUCUGUGGUUUUUGCUCAAAGCCCUGUCGGUGCAGAAAAGUUUCUUCUCCUUCAAGAACCGAGACUCCAGCAGGAAAAACACCCUUCUAAUGAGUUGCAGGCACUUGGAUGGCCCCCAGCAGUGGUCAGAAGUUCUUUCGGGGCCCAACAUUUUGGAAGAACCUCAAAUUUUUGGUGCUGAAGCCUAAGUCUCAUUUCGUCGCUGAGUCUUUGUUGUGUUUUGAGUUCCCGAUUUCUGGAUCUGGCCUUUUGAAGAAGAAAAAUUGGAGUUCUAGUUCUCCACAAGGUGAAAUUUGGCAUGGCUGCUUGGCAGCCUCUGUCUGGGUGUGCUGGUAGUUUCCUGUGCUGGGUUUGCAACAACGGAAUCUGCUCAGUCCACCCAAGGCUGUGUCGUCUGCUCAGACAGACACGCUUUCCAUGGCCUCAGGUAGAUCAUCCUUCCUCAUCACUUCUGCCCGAGUCUGCUACCUGAAGAUCCCACACCACCUGCAGGCGAAGCAUGUGCCUGUCCCACUGAGCCAUGGCCUGCCUCCCCGCCCCUGCUUUUAUGCCUGCAGUCAUGUUCUGUGUGGCUCAGCACCACUUCCGCAUGGUUCUCCUCCUCCUUUGGGGACAGACCCCUUGUUCUGACCCUCAUUGGCUGCUGCAGAGCAUCGAGCCCAAAGGUCGCUUCCUUGAAGGGAAAGGCCUGGGAAAAGCCAUUUCCAGCCACGAUUAGCCUGAACCUGCUGUGUGCCCAGAAGGAGGACGCAAGAGAGGCCCUCUUUAUCCUCGGCUACCUCUCUUCCUCCUGGGCUUGUUAGCAAAGGAGUCAUCAAGUGAAUCUGUUCCGACUUUGUGCUCUUUUAAUCCGCUUUCUGUUUGUUGCUUCAGAAUCCAUGUUCUGCCAAGGACUUGGCAGGCUGGAUUCCUGCUCUGCCGCUUUGUCUCCCUUGGGGAAGGUUGUUUGUUGGGUCUUGCCUUGGCUAAAACAGAGAUGGGUUGCCUGUCAAAGACUUGGGUUGCUGGGGCUGCUUUCAGAGGAUCUGCAUGGGAAGAGGAGAGUUGCUCCUGGAGUCCCAUUUUGAGUUUUCUGCAAUGCCUUCAAUGAGUCUGCUUUGCAUUGAGCCUGUGAGGCUGCUCUGGUGGGGACCACAUGGCCUGCUGGAUGCUGCUUCCUUAGGGUGGAUGGAUGGAUGGAUGGAUGGAUGGAUGGAUGGAUGGAUGGAUGGAUGGAUGGAUGGUGGAGCAGUAGCCUCAGCCAAGGGAACCCGUCACAGUGGAUGUGGAAUUGACAGGUGCCUGAAAGUAGCCGAGCAGCUGUACCACUGAAUGCUGCAAGAUUUGGUUGUGCUAAGACAUCCCUGAUCUUGGUUUUGCUCUGACUUACAGUCCCUCAGAAAACGGAGGAUGCAACUCACAGUGUCAACACCUUCCUCUGAUGUUUGUUUUCAUUGCGGGCGUUGCAAAGGCUUGUGCUUGUGGUUGACAUUCUUUAUGUUGGGGCUGCUGCAGACAAACAGGUGGGGCUGGUGGGGGGGCCUGACCUCAAACGCUAUGCAUUCUCUCUGGCUUUUCUUGCCCAGUAAAGCAAUGCUUGCGAGACUUUCAGCCUUGCCUGCCAGCCCAGCAGCGUUGGCUGCUUCUCCCUCUCUACACAGAAUUGGUGCCUUAAAAAUCCUCAUUAGUUGAAGCUUCCCUGAGACCCUGGUCCUGAGAACCUGAGAGGCCAAGCCAGUACAUUUUUCUGGCCCAAACUUGGCACAAUCCGAGAGGUUUCUUCCUGGCAUCUCUUGUUGUUUUGCAGAUGUUUGGGGCUUAGCUUCAAAUUGCACACGCCUGCUUCCUUGCAAUCCUUGAUCACUUAAGUGUCCCCUAAAUAGCCCCAGCCGCCCAGUUUGUCUGUUCCGAGCACUUGCUCUGAAGUUUAGUACCCACCAUUUCCAUGCAGGGGCAGAUCCAGGCUCAUUAAACAUGAUUUGCUGCUCUCGUCAGCAUCCUUCUGCAUCCAUGAUUUCACAGCUGUUUGGUUUAAAAUUACUCAAGGUUAGCACUGUUGGCUUUUGCUUAAAAAGAACAGAAGUCAUACAAAGAGUUCCAGUGGUUACUCAUUACGAUACACUACCUCCAGGAUUGGGGCAGUAAAUGCCUCUGAAGACCACUUGCUGGGGCAUCCCAAUAGGCAAGGGCUCUAGGUGGGCCCCCUUUGGCCCAAUCUGGCAAUCAGGUUUUCCUUACAUCGCACUGAAAGAGCCAGAAUUUCUACAGGUGACAGCCUGCUUCAUCUACUGGUAGAGGGAACUGUGAGCUGCAAGUUGGAGGAACCAGCUGAUGAGAUCUUGACACCCAGUCUCCUAAGGGACAGUUGCUUUUACUAUGAAGUAUUAUGUCAGAAAAUCUGGGCUUCAAAAUCAGAAGUGCUGCUUUUCAAAUGGGAAGGAAUUACGUUCAGACAUUUGAAAGCAUCAGUCAGGGGCUGUGUUCUUUCUUGGGUUAUAAAAGCAAAAGAGAAAUACUUCUGUCUUUUUAUACCCUGCCUUUUCUGAUGUUUGUUUCAUAGUAUGUAGAUAAUUCUCCCUUAGAGGACCUGGGGACUUUCUACCUGCAAUUCUGCUGCCACAAUACUUGUUCCUUCUUUGUAAAAUGCUCUGGUGUACUCUAGUGUUAAGGAAGCACCCACAAAGAGCCAGCCCAGUGGAUUCUGUCCUCCCCACAGGUCACACUUAGCAGGUUGCCAGGAGCCUCUGUGGCUCAGACCAGGGACAUCUUCAGUUCUGAGCUGGAGGUGGGCUUAUUCCUGCACAUGGUCACUUUAGUUAUAGAUUCCUAGCAGGUGCCAUCCAUAUUAGAGUUCUCAGAUCUAGAAGGUAGCAGAAGACCGAGAGUAGUUAUAAACCCUCCAGUGCCUUUAUUUGGCCUGCUCCUGCCUCUGAGGGAGACCAGACCAUGGUCUGUAGUCUCUCUCCGCUGGAACCAUGAUUGCCUUGGGCAAGUGUUUUCACCUUAUGUGCCUCUGUAUCCUGAUGUGCAAAACUGGGUAUACCCUGGCCUACCUCUUAGGGUAUGUUUUAUGGGAAGACCAAGGAAAGGAGUGGCUUUGCAACUUAUUUUUUGUUUCUGCAAUAUGAAACCAAAACCCAUGAGCAAGUAGUUCUGAGUUGGUCCUUUUAUGCUGAAUAGUCAUCCUGUUCACUUCCUUUGGGGAGGGUCAAAAGUAGGUGUUGGAAGGGUUUUUUAUUUAAGAAAAGGGUUUUUGGUGCACACGGUUGAAAGAGGAGACGUUUGCCAGAGCUGGCUCUAAAACUGCUGUAAAUAAAAUGUCUGAUCCCAAACGAUGGAAAAUUGCCUCUUUGUUGAAGUAAGCAAAGAUCUGUACCUGGGUGGGUGGGGAGGAAGGAAGCUUGGAAGGUUGGUUGGUUGUGUGCAAAUUCUAGUGAUGAAAAAGGGGCCGAUGAAAGCGGGGGGUGGCUGCAAGUGAGCCUGAGACUAAACUGUUAGAGGGUGGGGUGCGCAGGGGCCAAAGGAAGGAACUGUUAAAGAUUUGUAGGCUGUCUGUAAAUGCCAACUACACCAGUUGGACUUCAGCAGAGUAAGCGCCGCGCACAGCGGAAACUCCUUGGUCACAGUUGAAGGCAAGUAGCUUGACACAGGAACUCACUGCCACUAGUACUGAGUAACUAUAUACAGGUUUAUUUACAAGAAAACAACAAACAGUACAUAGAUCAGUAAUCCUAAUUCUCUCUCUAGCAUAACCUCUCACACCAUCCAACAUCUCCACUAACUCUCCACAACUUUCUACACAGAGCACAUGUCUUUAUUGUUCUCUUCACCAAUCAACUGGCUUUUGCUACGUAGGUUACUAUCUCUGGGCAGAAUUUCAACUAUGUGCAAAGCUGAGUCAUUCACCAGGUGCUUAAUUGAUGUGUUGAGCUGCAUGUUCACACAGAGAGGCCAAAUCUCUAGCAAGUGAGCCUGAGACUAAACUGUUGGAGGGUGGGGUGCGCAGGGGCCAAAGGAAGGAACCUGCUGGGAUGGAAAAGUUAGUAAGUUUUAUUUGCCCCUGGAGUUUGCAACAGCUGUCUUAUUACUUGUAAGUCAAGGCACCUCUCAAAGUGGGCAGUGCCAUCUUCUGCCAGCAUUCCCUUUUUUGCAACCAGCUCUGAACCUUGUUGCUCCUGCAGUCCUUACUUUAAAGUGGGUUGGGGGACCUGCGGUGGCCCCCCCUUGCUAGCCAGUAGCUGGGCUCCAGCUCCUACCAUCUUCUAAUUGUUGUCAAUGCUGGAUGCUGGGAGCCCCAAAACGGGAAGGCCACGCUUGCCACCCCUGCUGUGGGCAGUGUGUGGUGCUGCAGGUGCUGGCCACAUCAAGAGUGGGGUGGAUCCCUACCAAACCUAGGCCUGAAAUAUCUGAAAGAUCACCUCCUUCUCUGCAGACACCCUCUUGGGCGUUCAGAUGAGCCAAGAGGGCUACCUUGGCAGUUCCACUGUCCUCGGGAGUUCAGGGAGUGGCAGCUUCUAAGCUGCAGGAUCCCCACAGGGGUCCAUCUUGCACCUUCAUUGUAUGGUUUCUGUUGCCUCUUCAGCCUGGCCUUGACACCUGCACAUAUAGAUAUCUCAACCUAUUCCAUUGACUAAUUGCUUUGAUCGGAUUUCAUCUGUUUCUAUAUUGCUGCAACCAGCCCUGGGACUUCAUGGUGGGUAAGAAAUAUGUUCUUGGUGUGUGUGUAAAACUGUAGAGGCUGGGGAAACCAGAUAUGUGGGGUAUAAAUAAUAAAAAUGGUAAUAAUAUAAUAGUAAUAAAAAUAAAGGGAAAGCCCUGCUUCCUCAGAAAAAAGCAACAAGUAGGGAGAGCUCCACUGCUGCAUACCACGCCCUGUUAGUGAGAUUCCCAUAAUGGGCAUUUGGUUGGCUGCUGAAAGAAGAGGUUCUGGGCUAAGUGGGCUCCCUUUGGACGGAUUCUGCUUCAGGGUUCUUCUGAUGUUCUCACAGCAGAUCUAGGACAUCGGAAAAGGCCUGAAGCUGCAUCAGGCCAAAGGGAGCCCGCUUAGCCCAAGAAUCCUGUUCUCAGAGUUUCUCCCAGCUUCUAUGUGAGGAUCUUUCUGCGCUGUUUAAUUUGAGCUGGGACUCGUCAACAGGAUAUUUCUUAGAAAGGUGGAGGAGUUUUGCCGCUGCUGAUCUCUCAUCCCUCUGCUCCCCAUCCUGCGUCUGAGUUUCUGGCUUAGAACCUCCACCUACGGUAGAGCAGCUGCAUUUCACUGCUAUCCGUUCAGCACCUGGACUGGCAGCAGGGGUCCUGCAAGCUGAGGUGCGCGUGUCGGACUGCUGGGACCCGGGAGGCCAGGGUUCAAAAAAAAUCCUGACACUUGGCCAUGGCGCUCAUUGGGUGAACUUGGGUCAGCCACUGCCUCAGCCCACGGGGCAGUUUUGGGGGUUAAAGGGGGAGGUUGGAGAACCAUGCGCACCACUUUGAGCUUUUUGGGAGAAAAGGGGAUAUAAUGAAAAUGACAGGAGGUCUCCGGUACUGGAGCUGCAGGGGAUCGAACCGGCGGCGCCUGGCAGGACAAAGCCGUCCAGGCUCUCCCAGUCCCCCGCCCCCCGCGGUUCAGGUCCCGCCCCUUAUUGUCGAGCUCUGCCAAGCCAGGCGCUAGGGAUUGGCUUGGCUUCGUGGGCGGGGCCUCGGUAGGCGCGCAACGAAACGGCGGGAGCCUUAGUUCGGAUCGUCCCGCUCUUCGAGAGCUUUCUGGGCCGUCUCGGGUGCCGUAGCCGUCCCGCCGGCCCUGCUCAAUUUUGCCGCCUGCGCUUGAGCGUCAUGGCAACCCGUCCGCU